AUCCCCCAAUAUCCAUUGCCCAAAGGUGUUGGUUUUGGUACCUGGUUUCUCCUGUCUCCAGACUCCAGUUUGUGUGUGUGUGUGUUUAAAAUGUGCCCUAAUCUCCCAACAUCCCUUUUCCAUGCUUGGCUGUUCAGAAUCUGCUGCUGAGGUUUUAGCCCCCCUGCUAGGGUUUUGGGGUUCUUCCUCCGUUUCCUCCUCCUCUUCUCUCAACCAAACAACUGCCUAAGCACUCCCCUGAUUCAUCCUCCAAGCCAUGGAUAGAUACCAGAGAGUCGAGAAGCCGAAGCCCGAAUCGACCAUCAACGAGAACGAGAUUCGGAUCACUACACAGGGUCUGAUCAGGAACUAUAUCACCUAUGCCACUAGCCUUCUUCAGGAGAAACGGGUAAGAGAGAUCGUUCUGAAGGCAAUGGGACAGGCAAUCAGCAAAACAGUGGCUAUUGCAGAGAUUAUAAAGAAGAGAAUCCCUGGGUUGCAUCAAGAAACUACCAUUAGCUCUACAAGCAUAACUGACAUAUGGGAGCCUAUUGAGGAGGGUCUUGUUCCUUUGGAGAUGACUCGCCAUGUUUCAAUGAUUUCAAUCUCUUUGUCAACAAGGGAGCUAAACAAGAAUUCUCCUGGGUACCAAGCUCCAUUACAUGUAGAGCAGCCAAAACAGCAAAACCAUUAUCAACAACAGCAGCAUCAACCAAAACAAGCACCUCCACAGAUUGCUGGGCCUAAUGAAGAUUCAUAUGGCCGGGGGAGAGGUCGUGGUAGAGGGAGAGGGCGAGGCUGGGGAAGAGGGGGAUAUGGAAGCAAUCAAGAAAAUGGUGGGUAUUGGAACUGGGGUCGAGGAGGUGGACGGGGCAGAGGUUGGGGUUAUCGUGGUGCUGGAUAUGAAAGAGGCAGGGGUGGAGGUAGAGGCUAUGGUCGUGGGCGGGGACGAAUGGGUGGCCGUGGGAGGGGAGGUGGUAACCAAGUCUAAAUGGGGGUUCGUUGUUUUGCUCUAGCUAAUGCUUGCAUUGGCAUAAUGGAGAAAAUAUUCCAGGACUGGGUUACUGGCUUUUGGUGCAUGAGAUUAUAUGGCUUACGCUUAUCAAGUUGUUGAAGCAGUUGUUUUGUUCUUCUCUAUGGUUAUGAAUGUGGGCAGGCUUGCUUUUAUCGUUUGUUGGUUAUUGUCAGCCAAGAGCAAGUAGUUAUUUGCUGUAAUCUGUUUUACCCUCCUUUGCCGGUGGCCCUACCUGGCUUGUAUCUAUAUCCCAUUUUUCUUAGUGUAUCUAUUUGCUUAAGCCUCUUGUUCUUCA